AAGAAGGGGAUCAAGGAAACCUCUAGCAUCGUAGAUAAACACCCCUGAAGAGGUGUGAACCCAGCGGUCACACAGCUGCAAAUAUACCAGAAAGAACCGUAAAAGGGUCCUUGACACAGCGAGGGUCAAGAUGUCUGAGACAUACGACUUCCUGUUCAAGUUCCUAGUGAUCGGCAGUGCUGGUGCGGGGAAAUCCUGCCUCCUCCACCAGUUCAUCGAGAACAAGUUCAAACAGGACUCCAACCACACCAUCGGCGUGGAGUUUGGUUCCAGGGUGGUCAAUGUCGGCGGGAAGACGGUCAAACUGCAGAUCUGGGACACUGCCGGACAGGAGCGAUUCCGUUCUGUGACGCGUAGCUACUACAGAGGAGCAGCUGGAGCCCUGUUGGUGUAUGACAUCACCAGCCGUGAAACUUACAAUGCGCUGACCAACUGGCUGACGGACGCACGGACACUAGCGAGCCCCAACAUCGUCAUCAUCCUGUGCGGAAAUAAGAAAGACCUGGACGCGGAGAGAGAAGUGACGUUUCUGGAAGCUUCGCGGUUUGCUCAGGAGAACGAACUAAUGUUUCUGGAGACGAGCGCUCUGACGGGUGAAAACGUCGAGGAGGGAUUCCUGAAAUGUGCUCGCACUAUCCUCAACAAGAUAGAUUCAGGGGAGUUGGACCCUGAGAGGAUGGGCUCAGGGAUCCAAUAUGGAGACGCCUCACUGAGGCAGCUGCGGCAGCCGAGAGGCACAACGACACAAAACAAGCAGCAGUGUAACUGCUAGGGGUCAGACUCCGACCUUACUUGAACCCGCUGGCCCAUAUGGAGAGACCGCCCCCUACAGCUCAUCUCCAGGUGUUUUUGGGUGUGUGCGACUGCUGUCUCAUGCACUUUAGACCACCUGGAUCAAUGUUGGUGGGUUGGGGGCACUACUUUGACCCCUGACCUCCAACCUCUGGUAAGCCUCCUUACCUGAGUGGUUCAGGUUUUCAUCCCAUAUCUGGACAGCUUAACCCCCUCCCUCUCAGUGCGAAGACGGUACGAUCACGAAGAAGGCACGAAGAUGCCAGAGGAGGACAAGUCAAGGGUUGUUUGUUUUGAGCUUCUCUCCCGUCGUUUUCCGUCUUCGCUUUCCCACGCUGGUUUUAAGCAACCCUAAGAUGUUUUCCUAAGUUUGCACUUCAUUGACUGUAAAUGAUUGUGAAGCUCCUUCGAGCAUUUUCAUCACUCGGCCUUCGGCUGAUUAGUUAAUCGAAGCAAAUCGUAACCGAUAGUGACUCUGUGAUAAACGGUCUAAAUGUGUACUUUUAAAAGAGGUCAUCUUCCUCCAUAGUUUGGCUUAAAAAUGUCGUAUUCAGGUUUCUAUCAGACGCAACGUCGGUGGUUUGUCAUCUUGUGAUACUUCUCAUUUGAUCAGAAAAUUGAAGAGUAGUGGGGCUCAGGUGGAGCUCACUCAGUCCCAGAGUGUUCAAUCAUUGAGUGUUGAAGUGGAAAAUGCUUGGUUUUUGUAUUGCAAAUGCACUGUAAUGAUGCAGAGCGAUGGCUUUUAGGUUAUGCUCCAUACUUUAAAUCCACAGUUUUGGUCAGAGGUUUGCAUCCUUUCAUCCACCACAUUGAUCCUGUUCUUUCUUCUUUUUUUUCCUGCAGUGAUUAUAUACCAUACAGUUGCAAUGAGUUUUAGAUGCAAGAAUUGGGAGCACCAAUGUGAAUUGAUUGCGGCUUUUUUAGUUGUUGUUGUAGUCCACACAGCGUCAAAAUUACAUAUGAACCCUCAAAUAUAAACAUACAGUAAUAUUUGCACAAAUUUCUCUUUGCUAGCUGUAGAGAAACUACACGUCUUGUAGCCAUAAUAAUAAUUCUGCCUGGACGUUUUUGCCAGUCUUCUCAAAUUUGUUUUGGGACGGCUCAAACUGUAGAGCAGAGUUUUCACAUUUUCAGUAGGGUUCAGAUCAGAGUAUGUAUAUAUAUAUACUGUAUAUACAUAUACUGUACGCACACAUGUAUUUACAAUUUAACAUCUUCACAUGUGUUGUUUUCGAAGCAAUUGAAGCUGUAUGUUCUAUAAUAAUUUUAUACUCCAAAGAACACUUGAAACAACUAAUUUCAGCCCAAAUUAAAAGGUGACUAUUCAUUUAAAUAUCUGACCUAAACUGUGUUUUACUCCAAAGUUUCACUCCCCUCCACGUCAAAGAGGAAAUUUGAUUUCCAAAGUUUCCAACAUGUAAAUAUUGAGCGAUAUUAAAAAGUUAAGGCAGUAGGACCUCUCUGUUGUCUAGUCCCAACUCACUGACAGAUUAGGAGUCAUUUGCCUUUUUAUUAAAAACCAGUGUUUUGCUCCUCUUCCUGGGCUUUUCCUUCAUGAACUCCCAAUGACCCAUGCUGCUCUCCAAGCUAAUGCUGGUUCAGGAAUCUGACAGCAAGUGCAGCUUCCUGCUUUUGGAAGCUUUCAUGCUCCCUCAGAUUCGUCUUCAAGCUGUGCGGUCAAUUAUUCAUGUGUGGGGAAGUGAUGAUUCAGAAAUCUGUUUGCAGCCUUAAAAGCAACUACUUAAGCACACAAACUAUAAGGAAGUAUUAGGGUCAUUUGGAGGAAAACAAAUGACCCUAAUACUUAUAUUAGGGUAGAUUUUUUUAAUGUAUUUUUUUUAUUUCCCAUUUGAGAAUAACGUUGAAAUGUCGAGAAUAAAGUCGAAGGGGUUGGUAGGAGUGUCAAAAGUUUGAUUUGAAAAUAGUCAAAAUAUUGAAAGAAAAAAAACAUUUUGGUAAGAUUAGAACAUUAGAGUUGGAACCGAAAAACCUUUUUCGAGAAAAUGUGACGUGUUGAGAAAAGACCGUUUACUUUUUCAAAUUGUGGAAAAAAAGUCAGAAAACAUUGUCAUAAAGAAAGAGAAUGUCAAAAGAAAAUUGGAAUUAUCAAAAAUUGAGGUGAAAUGUAUUCUUGACACUAUGACUCAAUAUUUCAACUUUAAAAAAAAAUCUGUUUUGUUCUAGUUUGUUUUAGUGAGCCAACUCAGGUUAUAAAUUACUUUAGGAGGGAGGGGUGUUUCCUCUGUCCUUGGACAACUGGGGCAGACAUUCUGGUGAUGCUGGGGAGAAUCGGGUUCCACUUCAGUACCUUUACAAACCCCCCACCACCACCACCUUUCUACUAAAGAGACAGGCACUGCUUGUGUGAAUCGCCCAUCCAAUGGUUGAUGAAAACAGCCAGCUAACGUUUAUCUUUAUCCUGAAUUAUGAGGUCUUGUCCCUCCAGGCUCGCUGUGGAUAUUUUAAUCCAAGUGAGUCGGCACACUGACGGGAAACUGGGGAGGACUUUCUGGGUUUUUAGGGUAUCAAGAGGGGUGAAAAUGUGUUGCUUUACAUUGUGUGAGUCUGUCAUUUCUGAAAGUGCACUUUUACUUUUACAAUUUUGUUUUCUGAAUAUGCUGUAACUAUAGAGAUGUAAAUGUUAUUUUACUUGAAAAGAUAUACUUUAAUAAAGAUUUUAAUGUAGAUGUUAUCAGCUCUUAUUGAAUUACAACUGAGGUUCCUAAUUUUGUUCUUCUUGUGUCUCGUUACCCUCUAGUGGAGCAAAAUCAUCUUGUUCGCUUUGUGAGAAAGCAGCUGAUAAUUUCUGUUUUAUGCACAUUUAUUAUUUAAAACGUUUCAGUUCUGCUGCCUCGCGGUUAAAGCGCAUCAAUAUGUGUGCACAGGUUUAAACGGCAGUCAUCAGAACACCAACACAAGCGUCGCUUCUUCACUUGUCUGGACUUCAUCACUCGGGAAACGCAAUCCUGACUCGGUUGUUUUGUAAAUGAUGUGAUAUAUUCAGCCCAAAUAUUACUGUACAUUUUAAUUAUAACCUAUGUUGUAAAUACAAAUUGUCAAUUGUCUUAUUGAGGGUGAGUAUUGCUCAUUGUUUUAAUUAUGCAAUUCCCAGUAAACUGCUUGUUUUUCAUUUAAAA